AGGCUGGGAAGCGCUGCGCGGGAGGGGUGGGUAGGGGCUGCGUCAUCUCUCUGCGCCGACGGCUUGGGCUCCGGAAAUGAUGGAGAUAUUAAUAGGGGAUGGUAUUACUACGUGCCUUUCUCCCUCCGUGUAUGAUAUGAUUUGUAAACUUGGGUUUGAAGUCGUAGAAAAUCGUGAUAUCAAUAGCAUUGUAACGGAAAAUGGCGAAGUUUGCUGGAAAACAAUCACAGAAUGUGUGAGUUUUACAGAAUCAGACCAAAGCCUGGAUUACCAGGGAAGUGUGCGGCGGCUGGGCCCUCUGUGUGAAGCUGUCCACCUGCACUUCUCAUCUCUGACCAAGGCGCAGUUUGAAAUUCGCUACGCACCGUGGUUCCAGUGGACAAACUUCCCAGAGUUAUUUCCUGAAAUAUUUGACGCCUUGGAAAGUCUGCAGUCUGCUGCUAUUUCUCUCAGCUUAACGAAGCUCACAUCAUGUCUGGAGCGAGCUUUGGGGAAUGUGUUUCUGCUGGUUGGGAAGGAAUGCCCUUUUCUUCUAAGAGAUCUACUUGCAUCUGAUGAACUUGCUCAAGUCUUCGGGCAGCCUGUGAUGGACGUGCUAAAAGUGUUCGUUGGCUCUCCAUCGGGACUCAACCUGCGCAAUGUCUUGUGGCAUGGGUUUGCAGCUCCCCAGGAGAUCCCUCCAAAGUACUGUUCAGUGAUGGUAUUGCUGACAGCAGGCUUGGGUCAGCUCCUGAAACGUUUCCUUCGACAGACUAACCGCACAUUGUGGCACCGAUCGUUCCUGGCUCUCACAAACCUGGAGGACUGGAUCGUGUUUCCUGAUGUUACUUCUGAGGCACUUUCAGUGUUGGAAGACGUGAUGAAGAAAUCCACUUUUGUAUUCAAAACAAUGCUACCAUACUGGGAGGCUGCAGUCAUCAAGUUCAGAUCCCACAGGUUUGCGGACUGCGUUAUACUGUUGUUGACACAACUAGAAGCUGGACUUCGGAGAGCUUUUGCCACGGUCAACAGGUGCCCUCAGAGACUCCUGACAGCCGAGUCAACAGUUCUUUAUACGACCUUUGAUGAGAUGUUGGCAAAAGAGUUGAACGAUGGUACAAUCAAUCAACUUCCACUUCUCCUUGGGGAGCCUGUUAUGGAGUUUCUCUGGGACUUCUUGAACCAUCAGGAGGGUCCCCGCAUAAGAGAUCGUUUAAGCCACGGGGAGGUCAACUUAAAUGAAUUUCCAGGAGAAGCAGCCAAUCAGUUGCUUGCGUUUUCCACUGUGCUUUUACUCAGGUUCACGAGUGGAGAUGUAGUAUCAGUGUUGAAGGAAAAAGCGGCAAUAAAAUCAUUGAUUAGCAUCGCAGAAGGCUAUAGUUCUCACUUUCAUCCAGCUUCUCAGCUGAAAAAGCAGGUGCUGAGGUGUGAGGAAAGCAUCCACAGUUGGCCUGCACUUCCUUUGCCGGAAGAGCGCAUUCUGGAAGCAGCCAGAUUAGAAGGUCAGUUUGAAACAAAUGCCUGCAAGUCUUUAAUUAUAAAGAUCAUGUCUGAGCUCUGCCGUCACUUACCUGGGUAUCACAGUGGUCUUGAUAACUUGGAUUAUUUUCCUGCUGAGAAGUGGUCCCAGGCGCUCCGGGUGCUCUGCGGCACAUCCAUCCCGACUUUGUACUGCCCCCGAAUUGUUCUCGAAGUGCUUGCCGUGCUCCGAAAAGUCAGCGCACAGUGCCAGCAGGUGUGCGACCAGGUCGUCUCCUCCGCGAAGCUGCGGCACCGACAGUGGGUGGAGAAGACCCUGCGGUCUCGGCAGAGGCAGAACUACCUGCGCAUGUUGGGGAGCAUUAAGCUCCUGUCCCCUGUCCUCUACCUGAUUUUGUUGCUCAUUGCACUGGAAUUGGUCAACAUUCACGCGGUUCAAGGAAAACAUACCUGUGAAUAUCAGCGGUACUUAAAAUUCUUAAAGUCAGUCUUGCAGUACACUGAGAACCUGGCAACUUACACCAGCCAAGAGAAAAACAAAUGGGACGAAACCGUCAGUCUUACACAUGGAGUGUUGUUGAAAAUUUGGACUUACAGUGAGAAGAAACAAAUGUUAAUGCAUUUAGCCGAGAAACCCACAGAUAAAGCAGUCUCAUGAAAACACUUGUCGCUGGCAUGUUCAAGUUCAUCAUAGCACCUCUUGUGUCAGUCCAUCUCACUGAGAGUCUCCUUCACCCUUGUUGGCCCUCUACUUCAACAAACAUGAUGUUUUCUUCCAGCAGUUGAUCCAUUCUGAUGACAUAUCCAAAGCAAGCAAGU